CGCCCUGUGUCCGUGCGCCAAGCAGGGACAUUGACGUUUUGUAAAUAUAAAUAUUUCGACCAGGAAGAUCAACAACCAGAAAGUACAAGGACUUGACUGUUCCCGUGGCCCUGCUGGGAUAGGAGCGGCAACAGUCUCAACACUCAGCUAAAUUGCUAACGCAACCGAUUUUGGAAGCUAACAAAGGCUAACAGCGUUAGCUCACACUUGAGACACAGGCGACAGAAAAGAUCAGCACUUCCGUUUUCCGCUCGAUCCACACGCCGAGCGAAGAUGAAGAGGGCCAGAGCCGGCGGCGACGACGAGGCUCCGCGGCAGAACGGCUCCGCUGGCCGCAGGAAGGUGGACCGGCAGCAGAGUAACGGGGGCGACAGCGGCUACGGGCCGACCGACCUGCAGGACGACGACAAUGACCCGGGCCUCAGGAGGGAGAUACGGAGCAGGUACAGAGAGCUCAUCAACUCCGUGCAACAGAAUAGAGAAGAUAUGCUGAGACCCUCCAACAACAAACUCACGGAAGUUUUAGAACAGGCAAACAAGCUUUUUAAAGAUGUUCGACAGGCGAGGGAAGCGGCUCUGGACGCCCAGCUGCUUGUGGUGGCCACAGACCUGGGGAAGGAGAAAGCCAGCCAAAUGUUCGCUGAGGGCACGGCUUUCGAUCCCACUGCUUUUGCUGAGCAUCUUUUGUCCUUCAUGGGUCUGAACCGACUGGAAGACGAGGAGGACGAGCAGAACGGAGGUACAGUUGAAGGAUACCUUCCCCAGGACGCCUGGCACCGGUUGGCCAGGAAGGCAGAGUGUUGUUUCAGGACAGCACCCUCCUUCCACUACAUGAUGGGCUCCUUCCAUGCAGAGCCGCCUCCUCCAAAGCCUAAGAUAGCACGUCAAAUGAAAGCAACUAGCAAGGAUGCCAAAAGGAUAAUGCCAACUCAGCUGAAGAAAAUGGACGAUUCCCAUCAAGAAGCGACAGAGAAAGAGGUGGAAAGGAUCCUAGGAUUCCUGAAGAGUUAUUACCAAGAUGACCCAACAACACCAAUUUCGUAUUACGAGUUUGUCGUUGACCCCAACUCUUUUUCCCGGACAGUAGAGAACAUUUUCCACACAUCCUUUCUGAUCAGGGAUGGUUUGGCACGGCUGUAUCUGGAUAAUGACAAAUUGCCUCAUAUAGCACCUGUUGAGGAAGGGGAUGUGGAGGCUGAAGGAUCAUGCAGCCGCAAACAGUGCAUCGUCUCUAUAAGUCCAAAGACGUGGAAGGAGCUCAUAGACGUCUUCGGCAUCAGAGACACAAUGAUUCAGCCUCCCAGCUCACAGAAUGAGUGAGGGACCACGGCUAUUUUGUCAGCUGUAUCUGAAAUAGUUUUUAGAUGUGAUUCUGUUUAUUUUUAAAUUUCUAAAUAAUAAAGAAACAGUCUUAGGAAUUUAAGACAUGUAAGUCACAUUUUGGGGUCAUACUUACUGCACCUUUUAUUUUUAUUUUUGUUUUACUGUUUUUACAAGUUUGAAUAAUAAAAGACAAAGAAGAGAAA